UCAGGAUUCUUGUGUCCCAGGGUUAGCUAUGCUCCUCCAGAGGCGGCUUCUCAUCCAUGCCCUCCCAGUGAGGGGUGGGAGAGAUAGACCUGUAAACAUGGCAAAGUAGUGGAUGGGUGAGGAAUUGGCAGAAGUGAUGAGAAUGAAAGAAGCAGCUAAGAUGGUAGCAGAGGAGAAAAACAAAUAGAGACAUUUAAAGAUCUGUGUCUCCAGAGAAAUGAAAAAUAGUGAAAUAGGAAGAGAGCCCUUGGCAAACAGCAGCGUGGUGUUGGGACAAGAGGAGAAGGUGGCGGGUGACAAGGGGAGCAAAGGAAGGACGCCUAGGACUGUGAGGUUCAGAGAGCAGGACCCAGGGGCUGCACCAGGCAGGGGGAGGAAGAGCAUCCAUGGGGGAAGAAAGAGGCAGAAAUAGGUGAAAAUUGGGGAUAAUCAAACGACUAAGUUGACAGGGACCCAGAGGUGAACCCAGUACAAGAAUGAGGCAGAAUAGGUAUAGGGGCAGGAACUUAGGGAGGAAAUCAAUGGAGAGUGAGAAACAGUGGCCAUAAAUGGUGGUGGAGGGAAGAGAAAAGAGCUGGAGAGAGGUUACAGUGAGACUGUACAGAGUGACAGAGAAAAACAGGAAGGGAGAAAAGCCGGGAGGAGUGGACCCUGUGUCUAGCCCAGGAUGGUCAAUUAGGUUUCACUCCCCAAAACUCAUGUUAUCUGCCGAAGGAGCUGGGAAGAGGAGGAGGCAGGAAGAAAAGGAGUCGGACAUGGCUCUUACUUGGGGAUGCUUAACAUUCAGGGAUGUGGCCAUAGAAUUCUCCCCAGAGGAAUGGAAAUGCCUGGAUGCUGCUCAGAGGACUCUAUAUAGGGAGGUGAUGCUGGAGAACUACAGGAACCUGGUCUCCCUAGGAAUCUUUCUUCCUAACGUGAGUGUUAUUUCUAUAUUGGAGCAAGGGAAAGAGCCCUGGACUGUGGAGAAUGAAAUGAAAAUAGCAAGAAACUCAAGUAGGUGGGAAUGUUGUAAAGGACUGAAUACAGAUAUCUCUCCUAAAUGUGUAAUAAAGGGUUCAUCACCAAAAGGGAAGAGCAGUACAGGAGAAAUAUUUAAAAGAGUGACACUAGAAAGACAUGAAAGGAAUAACAUUAAAGGCUUUUCAUUCAAGGAUGUCCAUAACAAUAGACAUGGCUUUGAGUUGCACUGGAAAGAUACUGAAAGAAAUUACAACAGCGUGCUUGUGGUUCAGAAGGAAAGUCUCAUUAGUAGAAGAGGUCAAGGUGGUAAAAGGGACACAGAAAAUAAACUUAUGAAAAGUUGGCUUGACUUAAGCUUUCAGGCACAUCUGCCUGAACUGCAAGCACUUCAGUCUAAAGGAAAAACUGACAGUCAUGAAGGUGACGGGUCCAUCAACAAUGCUUCCUCAGUUUCACCACCACAAAGAAUUGCUUCUGUCAAAGCACAUAUUUCUCAGGAAUAUGGAAAUGACUUUAUUUAUUCUUCAUUACUCACAAGACAGAAAGCUCAUGUUAGAGAUAAAUCUUACCAAUGUAACGAGUGUGGCAAGGUCUUUGGUUACACCUCAUCUCUAGCACAUCAUCGGAGAAUUCAUACGGGAGAGAAACUAUACAAAUGUAUUGAAUGUGGCAAGGCAUUUUUCAGGCGUUCAUACCUUUUGGUACAUGAGAGACGUCAUACUGGAGCUAAGCCUUACAAAUGUAAUGAAUGUGGCAAAGUCUUCACUCAGAAUUCCUACCUUACAAGUCACCGGAGAAUUCAUACUGGGGAGAAACCUUACAAGUGUAAUGACUGUGGCAAAGCCUUCAGCGUGCGUUCAAACCUCACUAAGCAUCAGGUUAUCCACACAGGAGAAAAACCUUACAAGUGCAAUGAAUGUGGCAAGGUCUUCAGUCACGCUUCAGGCCUUGCAUUUCAUCGGAGAACCAUCCAUACUGGAGAGAAACCUUACAAAUGUGAUGAGUGUGGCAAGGUCUUCAUCCAGAACUCACACCUUGCCAGUCAUCGAGGGGUUCAUACUGGAGAGAAACCAUACAAGUGUAAUGAGUGUGGCAAAGUUUUCAGUCACACAUCAAAUCUUGCAAGGCACUGGAGAGUUCAUACAGGAGAGAAACCUUACAAAUGUGACGAGUGUGGCAAGGUUUUCACGCAGAACUCACACCUUGCAAGUCACCGUAGGACUCAUACAGGAGAGAAACCAUUCAAGUGUGAUAAGUGUGGCAAAGCCUUUAGUGUGCGGUCAAGCCUUAUUACCCAUCAGGCAAUUCAUACUGGAGGAAAACCUUAUACAUGUAAAGACUGUGGCAAGGUCUUUAGUCGAAGUUCCAACCUUGCAAGCCAUCAGAGAAUUCAUGCUGGACAGAAACCUUGUAAGUGAAUGUAGUUGGUCACAACUUCUUGUAUAACAUCAGAUAUUUCAUUUUUAGGAGAAUCUUUAUAAAUGCAAUGAGUGUUAAAAGCCAUUUGUCAAUAGUUAAAACAUUAAUGGACAUAAGAGUUCAUACUGAAAAGAAAUCUUACAAAUUACACAGCACAAGCAUUAAUUCAAGUCCUACACUAGAUGCCAAAAUAUAUGUCUUUGAUGAAACCAUACAAAUAGACGGUACUUGUGUAGUUAGGCUAUUAAGAGAUGAUCAUAACUCUAGAUGAGGAUUUAUUCCAAAACCAGUUCAGUCUGUAGCUCUCUAUUGUAUUCUGCAGAAUAUUUCCAAUUAAAAAUAUGUGAAAACCCAUGACCUUAAAUACAUGAAAGGUACAAGGAUUUUGGAAAUACUCAUUAGCUUCCAGUUAUAAAUUAUUUUACCUAGUUAUUUGAGGUUUCUUUGCUAUUUUUGACUCUGAACUUGAAUUUUAAAACAUGUUCAUACUCUGUCUUCCUACCAGCCUUUUAUUGUGGCCUCUGAGAAAGAACUAGUAAGACAGAGAGGCUUUGGUAGGUAAGGGUCAUUUCUGUGUAAUGUCUGAGAAGGAGUUUGCCUUGAAGUUUAAAUAUUGUCUAAAUUCGCAACUGGAAAAGACAAUAAGGUAAAACUGACAAAUCAUCACAUUUAUUUGUGUACAUUGCAUCUGCAAAAGAGCACCAUGGUUGAUAGGAAUAAACAUGCUACCAAAUGGUUGUGCAGUAUAGCAAGCCAGGAAAUUAGGCCCUGGGGAGUUUAUGGGCUAGGAAUGAUAAACUGGUAGGGACUGAGUAUGGAAGAAAUAAUACAGAAAAAUGACCACCUUCUAUGUUGAGUGACAGUAAAUGUUAUAGAGCAAAUCAUGAAUGAAUGAUGUCAUUUUUCAAGUUGAAGAAAGAUCAAUUAUACUAUAGAGUAUAAUUGAAAGACUGGGAGGGGUGUAGCUCAGUGAUAGAACAUUUGUCUAGCAUGCACAAGACCCAGAGUUCAAUCCUCAGUACCACAAAGAUGAGUAAUUUUAAAAAUAGCAUUUUCUUGAGGAUCAUUGCAUUUAACCGCUGGUGUUAACAGCUUGCAAUUGCUUUAUUCAGAGUAUAUUAUUGGUCUGAUGUUUUAAUAAAAUUAAUCUUUUAGUAUGACUGUUC